GGGUUACAAGAGGUUACAGGGGGUUACAAGGGGUUACAGGGGGUUACAAAGGGUUACAGGGGUUACAGGGGGUUACAAGGGGUUACAGGGGGUUACAAAGGGUUACAGGGGGUUACAAAGGGUUACAGGGGGUUACAAGGGGUUACAGGAGGUUACAGGGGUUACAAGGGGUUACAGAGGGUUACAAAAGGUUACAGGGGGUUACACGGGGUUACAGGGAGUUACAACAAGGGGUCACAGAGGGUUACAAGGGGUUACAUGGGGUUACAGGGGGUUACAAGAGGUUACAAGGGAUUACAAGGGGUUACAGGGGGUUACAAAGGGUUACAGGGGGUUCCAAGGGGUUACAACGGGUUACAGAAGGUUACAAGAGGUUACAGGGGGUUGCCAGGGGUUACAGGGGGUUACAAAGGGUUACAGGGGUUACAGGGGGUUACAAGGGGUGACAGAGGGGUUACAAGGGGUUACAAGGGGUUACAGGGGUUACAGGGGUUACAGGGGUUACAAGGGGUUACAAGGGGUUACAAAGGGGUUACAAGGGGUUACAAGGGGUUACAAGGGGUUACAAGGGGUGACAGACACUACCAGAUGGUUACAGAUGAUUACAGGGGUGUUGCAAUGGGUUAUAGGGUGGUUAAUAACUACAACAUGAAAUUAUUUACCUGCACUAGCCUCACACAACAAAAAGCUGAUUUCCAGGUUGGGCGUAGGCAACCACACAUAACAAUUGAAAUUAGAAGCAGUAUGGUGUUCACUAUCGGAAUGCAAAUUUUUUAUGAAAUUUUUACAGGGUAAUUAAGCUUAAGUAAAAAUUUACACAUUUCAGGGAGUUUACUAUGUACCGUAUGUAAUGGUGGGCAAAAGUUCUUGUAGAAUAUAAUGACUUUAAUUCAGCUUUAAGAUAUUUAUACGCAUACAAACUUAAAAAUCAGAGAGAUCCAGCAAAAGGCAAAGAGCAAGAAGUUUGCUUUUAAAUUCUGAAACAAGCUGUGCUCUUUUUGCAUGGUAAGAAAGAUUGUUCCAGAGCAUUGGUUUCACCACUAUACCUAGCACUGCAUGUGUGUUUGAGGAAAUUAGUUUUUGCCUUGGAUUAGUGCUAUAGAUCAGAUCAUGCAGUUUCAAGAUUCCUAAGGUUAUAGUUGACUUAACCAUCAUUGAGUUUUGUAAAGGAUCAAGACUCUCACAUGGGGAGAAGGUAAUGAUCAUAGAGGAUAUUGUACAUGAGGGUAGCCCUAUCCUUGGUUUGCAACCAUGUGACAAGGCGGCCAUGUUGGGGGUCAAAAGAAUAGAAUUUUUUCUGGAAGAAUUUACAUGAAAAUAGAGUUUAGUUCCCAGAGGAGAGGAAAGCUUUUGUUCUUGAGCACCAACAUGGCCGCCGUGACGUGAUGUGCGUGCAAACCAGCUCUUCUAUAAAAUAAUGCCUGAUUUUGAGGCUUUUCUAUUUCAAUUUAUCAAUCUACCAAUCUAAUGGCAUAAUGGUAAACUCGUAAUGUCUUUACCUGUACAGUUUGGACUUAUUUUGUGAUUUAUCUUUCAGUUGCUCUCUACAAGUAUUCGACACGGAAAAACAGUUAUAAAAGUAAGUAACGGGCGUAACAUGAGGUUAUAGGGGUUACAAAAGGUUACUCGGGAUUACAGGAGUUACAAGGGGUUACAAGAGGUUACAGGGGGUUACAGGGGGUUACAAAGGGUUACAAGAGGUUACAGGGGGUUACAAGGGGUUACAGGGGGUUACAAAGGGUUACAGGGGGUUACAAGGGGUUACAAGGGGUUACAAGGGGUUACAGACAGUACCAGAUGGUUACAGAUGAUUACAGGGGUGUUGCAAUGGGUUAUAGGGUGGUUAAUAACUACAACAUGAAAUUAUUUACCUGCACUAGCCUCACACAACAAAAGCUGAUUUCCAGGUUGGGCGUAGGCAACCACACAUAACAAUUGAAAUUAGAAGCAGUAUGGUGUUCACUAUCGGAAUGCAAAUUUUUUAUGAAAUUUUUACAGGGUAAUUAAGCUUAAGUAAAAAUUUACACAUUUCAGGUAGUUUACUAUGUACCGUAUGUAAUGGUGGGCAAAAGUUCUUGUAGAAUAUAAUGACUUUAAUUCAGCUUUAAGAUAUUUAUACGCAUACAAACUUAAAAAUCAGAGAGAUCCAGCAAAAGGCAAAGAGCAAGAAGUUUGCUUUUAAAUUCUGAAACCAGCUGUGCUCUUUUUGCAUGGUAAGAAAGAUUGUUCCAGAGCAUUGGUUUCACCACUAUACCUAGCACUGCAUGUUUGUUUGAGGAAAUUAGUUUUUGGCCUUGGAUUAGUGCUAUAGAUCAGAUCAUGCAGUUUCAAGAUUCCUAAGGUUAUAGUUGACUUAACCAUCAUUGAGUUUUGUAAAGGAUCAAGACUGUCACAUGGGGAGAAGGUAAUGAUCAUAGAGGAUAUUGUACAUGAGGGUAGCCCUAUCCUUGGUUUGCAACCAUGUGACAAGGCGGCCAUGUUGGGGGUCAAAAGAAUAGAAUUUUUUCUGGAAGAAUUUACAUGAAAAUAGAGUUUAGUUCCCAGAGGAGAGGAAAGCUUUUGUUCUUGAGCACCAACAUGGCCGCCGUGACGUGAUGUGCGUGCAAACCAGCUCUUCUAUAAAAUAAUGCCUGAUUUUGAGGCUUUUCUAUUUCAAUUUAUCAAUCUACCAAUCUAAUGGCAUAAUGGUAAACUCGUAAUGUCUUUACCUGUACAGUUUGGACUUAUUUUGUGAUUUAUCUUUCAGUUGCUCUCUACAAGUAUUCGACACGGAAAAACAGUUAUAAAAAGUAAGUAACGGGCGUAACAUGAGGUUAUAGGGGUUGCAAAAGGUUACUCAGGGAUUACAGGAGUUACAAGGGGUUACAAGAGGUUACAGGGGGUUACAGGGGUUACAAGGGGUUACAAAGGGUUACAGGGGUUACAAAGGGUUACAAGAGGUUACAAGGGUUACAGGUUACAAGGGGUUACAAAGGGUUACAGGGGUUACAAAGGGUUACAGGGGUUACAAAUUUUUACAGGGUUACAGGGGUUACAGGGGUACAAACUUAAAAAUCAGGGGUUACAGGGGUUACAGGGGGUUACAGGGGUUACAGGGGUUACAAAGGGUUACAGGGGUUACAAGGGGUUACAGGGGUUACAGGGGUUACAAGGGGUUACAAGGGGUUACAGGGGUUACAAGGGGUUACAAGGGGUUAUAGGGGUUACAAGGGGUUGACAGACAGUACCAGAUGGUUACAGAUGAUUACAGGGGUGUUGCAAUGGGUUAUAGGGUGGUUAAUAACUACAACAUGAAAUUAUUUACCUGCACUAGCCUCACACAACAAAAAGCUGAUUUCCAGGUUGGGCGUAGGCAACCACACAUAACAAUUGAAAUUAGAAGCAAUAUGGUGUUCACUAUCGGAAUGCAAAUUUUUAUGAAAUUUUUACAGGGUAAUUAAGGUUAAGUAAAAAUUUACACAUUUUUAGGUAGUUUACUAUGUAUGUAAUGGUGGGCAAAAGUUCUUGUAGAAUAUAAUGACUUUAAUUCAGCUUUAAGAUAUUUAUACGCAUACAAACUUAAAAAUCAGAGAGAUCCAGCAAAAGGCAAAGAGCAAGAAGUUUGCUUUUAAAUUCUGACACCAGCUGUGCUCUUUUUGCAUGGUAAGAAAGUUUGUUCCAGAGCAUUGGUUUGACCACUAUACCUAGCACUGCAUGUGUGUUUGAGGAAAUUAGUUUUUGGCCUUGGAUUAGUGCUAUAGAUCAGAUCAUGCAGUUUCAAGAUUCCUAAGGUUAUAGUUGACUUAACCAUCAUUGAGUUUUGUAAAGGAUCAAGACUCUCACAUGGGGAGAAGGUAAUGAUCAUAGAGGAUAUUGUACGUUAGGGUAGCCCUAUCCUUGGUUUGCAACCAUGUGACAAGGCGGCCAUGUUGGGGGUCUAAAGAAUAGAAUUUUUUCUGGAAGAAUUUACAUGAAAAUAGAGUUUAGCUCCCAGAGGAGAGGAAAGCUUUUGUUCUUGAGCACCAACGUGGCCGCCGUGACGUGAUGUGCGUGCAAACCAGCUCUUCUAUAAAAUAAUGCCGGAUUUUGAGGCUUUUCUAUUUCAAUUUAUCAAUCUACCAAUCUAAUGGCAUAAUGGUAAAGUCGUAAUGUCUUUACCUGUACAGUUUGGACUUAUUUUGUGAUUUAUCUUUCAGUUGCUCUCUACAAGUAUUCGACACGGAAAACAGUUAUAAAAGUAAACGGGCGUAACAUGAGGUUAUAGGGGUUUCAAAAGGUUACUCAGGGAUUACAGGAGUUACAAGGGGUUACAAGAGGUUACAGGGGUUACAAGGGGUUACAGGGGUUACAAAGGGUUACAGGGGGUUACAAGGGGUUACAAGAGGUUACAGGGGUUACAAGGGGUUACAGGGGGUUACAAAGGGUUACAGGGGGUUACAAGGGGUUACAGGAGGUUACAGGGGGUUACAAGGGGUUACAGGGGGUUACAAAGGGUUACAGGGGGUUACAAGGGGUUACAUUGGGUUACAAAGGGUUACAGGGGGUUACAAGGGGUUACAGGAGGUUACAGGGGGUUACAAGGGGUUACAGAGGGUUUCACAAGGGCUACAAGGGAUUGGAGGGGGUUACAAGAGGUUACAGAGGGUUACAAAGGGUUACAAGGGGCUACAAGGGAUUAGAGGGGGUUACAAGGGGUUAC